UACUUACAGAUCAGCAUGGAUCGACUGAUUUCGUUGAUGACUUUUGUUGUAACAACUGGAUUAAUAAUUUCAAACCCAGCAUGUGGUGUAUCUCCAUAUAAAAAAGAUGCUAUUGCUAUUCAUUUUGCAUUGGUUGGUCCUCAAGCUAUCGAUGAAGACGCUAUCAUUAAUAUUGUAUCCCAAAGAACAACUUGUGAGCUUCAACAAAUUUCCGGAGCGUAUGAAUCACGUUAUGGCGAAAAAAUAGUUCAUGAUAUACGAGAUCAUUUAACAGGAAAAUUUGAAGAGUUAAUCGUUGCUUUACUCACAAAAUGUACUGAUUUUUAUGCUCAAGAAGUAUACAAUGCCCUUAAUGGAAUUAAAAACAAUGAAAAAGUCUUAUUCGAUAUUUUGUUAACUCAAAAUCACAUCAAACUACAAGCGAUUCAGGAAGUUUAUCAAAACAAUUACCAAAAGUCUCUAAAAGAUGACCUGGAACAAUUUACAACGAAUAAUUUGAAGAAGUUGUACAUAAAGAUGUUAGAAACUCAACGAAAUAAAUCUACUGACAUUAAUUAUAUUGAUGCAGAAAAGGACGCUCGUGAACUUUAUCAUGCAGCGAUUCCUGAAGACGGAGCACCAAACCCUGACAAAUUUGCGGAAAUAUUGACAUCUGUUAGUUAUACUCAACUUCGUCAUAUUAUAAUGAAAUUUAAUGAUAUAUUUGACCAACAUAUCGAAACCGUGAUUGACAAUAAUUUUGUCGGAGAUUUUUCCCGCACGCUUAUUGCGAUAGUUCAGUAUGCUAGAUCUAAAGAGGGAUACAUUGCAAAUAGGCUUUAUGAUGGUCUUGCGAAUGAUUUUGAUUAUCGUAGCCUUAUUCGUCUGAUGGUUAUCUGCAAAAAUGUAGGACUUCAAUCCAUACGAGAGGCGAUUCAAAUACGUCAUCGAGUUGCAUCGGAAUAUUAUUUGAGCCUGAUUGCAGAUGCAGGAUUUCGAAAAACUCUUUCGACAUUUUUCUUCUCAAGGAACUAA